AUGAAGCGGCAGAACGUGCGCACGCUGGCGCUCAUCGUGUGCACCUUCACCUACCUGCUGGUGGGCGCCGCGGUCUUCGACGCGCUCGAGUCGGAGCCCGAGAUGAUCGAGCGGCAGCGGCUGGAGCUGCGGCAGCAGGAGCUGCGGGCGCGCUACAACCUCAGCCAGGGCGGCUACGAGGAGCUCGAGCGCGUCGUGCUGCGCCUCAAGCCGCACAAGGCCGGCGUGCAGUGGCGCUUCGCCGGCUCCUUCUACUUCGCCAUCACCGUCAUCACCACCAUCGGCUAUGGCCACGCGGCACCCAGCACGGAUGGCGGCAAGGUGUUCUGCAUGUUCUACGCGCUGCUGGGCAUCCCGCUCACGCUCGUCAUGUUCCAGAGCCUGGGCGAGCGCAUCAACACCUUCGUGAAGUACCUGCUGCACCGCGCCAAGAGGGGGCUGGGCAUGCGGCGCGCCGACGUGUCCAUGGCCAACAUGGUGCUCAUCGGCUUCUUCUCGUGCAUCAGCACGCUGUGCAUCGGCGCCGCCGCCUUCUCCUACUACGAGCACUGGACCUUCUUCCAGGCUUACUACUACUGCUUCAUCACGCUCACCACCAUCGGCUUCGGCGACUACGUGGCGCUGCAGAAGGACCAGGCGCUGCAGACGCAGCCGCAGUACGUGGCCUUCAGCUUCGUGUACAUCCUCACGGGCCUCACGGUCAUCGGCGCCUUCCUCAACCUCGUGGUGCUGCGCUUCAUGACCAUGAACGCCGAGGACGAGAAGCGCGACGCCGAGCACCGCGCGCUGCUCACGCGCAACGGGCAGGCGGGCGGGGGCGGCGGCGGCGGCGGCGGCGGGGGCGGCGGGGGCGCGGGCGGCAGCGCGCACACCACGGACACCGCCUCGUCCACGGCGGCGGCGGGCGGCGGCGGCGGCGGCUUCCGCAACGUCUACGCCGAGGUGCUGCACUUCCAGUCCAUGUGCUCGUGCCUCUGGUACAAGAGCCGCGAGAAGCUGCAGUACUCCAUCCCCAUGAUCAUCCCGCGGGACCUCUCCACGUCCGACACGUGCGUCGAGCAGAGCCACUCGUCGCCGGGAGGGGGCGGCCGCUACAGCGACACGCCCUCGCACCGCUGCCUGUGCAGCGGGGCGCAGCGCUCCGCCAUCAGCUCGGUGUCCACGGGCCUGCACAGCCUGUCCACCUUCCGCGGCCUCAUGAAGCGCAGGAGCUCCGUGUGA